CAGUGGGACGUGUGCUCUCUCAGGAGAGGGACUGUAGUUUCUCAGUGAAUGUGCAGCUGAAGCCACUGAGUGGUUCAGAGAUUUGAUCACAGCUGCCUUCAGAGGACCUGUCUCAAGUGCAGUCAUGCGCCUGAUACGGUCCACUGUCCUUUUCUCUGUCCUGCUGCAGGUUAUGUCUGCUUCCACAGAGACGGCCACAUCUAUUUAUGACUUCUCUGCGACAGAUAUCGAUGGCAAUGUGGUUUCCCUGGAGAAAUACAGAGGGGAUGUUGUCAUCAUCACCAAUGUUGCCUCUAAAUGAGGCAAAGCCCAAGUAAACUACUCUCAGCUUGCGGAGAUGCACGCCAAGUACGCUGAGAGAGGUUUACGUGUCCUUGCCUUCCCCUCCAACCAGUUUGCAAACCAGGAGCCUGGCACUGAAGCUCAGAUCAAGAGGUUUGCCGAGUCUUACAACGUUACGUUCGACAUGUUCAGUAAGAUCGAUGUGAACGGGGCCAACGCUCACCCUCUGUGGAAGUGGCUGAAGGAGCAGCCCAACGGAAGUGGCUUUCUGGGAAAUAGCAUCAAGUGGAAUUACACAAAGUUUCUGAUCGAUAGACAGGGGCAGGUGGUGAAGCGAUAUGGACCCAUGGAUGAUCCAGUUGUGGUGGAGAGGGAUCUUCCUCAAUACCUUUAGUCUGAUACUGAAUUCACUGAUACUCCGUCCACUCUUCCCCCCUCUCCUCUCUGCCUCUCCAAGCCUCAGUGGUUAUAUAGUUUGGAUUCACCCCAGACCAGUGACGGUCUAUUCACAAACCCGUGUGUCGGGCAGGGCAGACCUGAUGAAAAUGGCGUGCAAACCUCCUGGGAGAAUCUCCAAGCGUAUAAUCAAUUGUUUCUCUGGAGAGAAGGAGAAGAGAAUUCCUGAAUGUCUAACAGUGUUUUCCUAAUAAACAUCUUUAAGAUUUA